CGGACCCCCCGGACAGCGACGCCCCGGACAGCGAGCCCGCCAGCGUGGCACUCCCCGCAGAGGUCGGCCUCGGCCCCCGCCAGGGCGAGGAGCAGCUCAAGCUCGCCCUCCAGUCCAAGGACAGGAUCUUCCUCCUCGUCCUCGCCAAGGAGCUCGAGGCCUUCCUCGCCCGCGCAGCCGCCGGCGCCCUCGCACCAGCACCACAGCCCGCCCACGGAGCCACCAGCAGCACCAUGGCCGCACUCGGCCCGUCCGCUCCCAUCAGCGCCGUCCCCACAAGCAAGUUCCAGCGCAUGCUCGUCUACAAGGCGGCCGAGUGGUACGGGCUCAAAGCCGUCGCGGGCCCAGAGGCCUCCAUGGUCGUCGGUGUGCUAGGACCGCUCAACGAGAAGAGCGCCACUCUGCGGCUCUCCGACUUGGUCCCUGCAGCGCCCUCGCCCACUCAAAAGUUCCGCAUCAUGCAGCGCGCCCCGGCGCCGGGUGAACGGCCCGAUUUGGCAGCUUCUUCAGACGCGCAGUCGACAGCAGACGGAAGGGCCAGCAAAUGGAAAACACUGGAGGAGCGUGAGGCAGCGUACGCCGCGGCGCGUGAGAAGAUCUAUGGGAAAGGCGGGGAUGUCGAAGAAUCACCCUCCAUUUCGAAAACUGAAGGAGAACCCCCGUCUAGGGCGGCUGCGGCGUUGGAGGAUGACAUAGAUCCUGUUCCCAGGCGUCGGUACCCUGCGGGCGGGCAAUUCGAGGUCGUCUACCCUUCCCUCUAUCACCCGCCCAAGGGCUCGCAUACCCCUUCACCGGCGCCGGGCAUGGCUGACCAGUAUCAGCAAAAUCCGUACGGGUACCAGCAAGCCAUGGGAUACAACUACCAGAUGGACAUGAACGGCUACCCUCUGGCUGGGCAGAUGCCAAGCGGGUAUACUCAGCAGCAACGGCAGCCGCAACAGGGUUUCGCGAUGCAGUCUUACAUGGACAGCCAGUACAAUAUGUCCCAGCAGCAGGCCUAUACUGUUCCAGGAUGGCAACCUCAAGCAGGCGGCGCAUACCCGCAAAUGACGCCGAAUCAGCAGUAUAGUUUGAUGCAAGCUCAGCAGAGUGGACAAUGGCAGUACCAGCAAAUGGUCAGUCAGCCCAUGCCAAUGAUACCACAAGGGAUGCCGUAUCCCGCAGGCCCCGCGUUUGGCUACCCGUCACAACCUCUUCAGCCUCAACUCCAGCCUCCGCAAGCCGUUCGGCCUGCAAUGUACCCGUCGCUCGUUCAACCCAGUCCCCAACGCCCGCUGCCCCAGCCUUACAGCUCUGCGUCGUCUUCCAUAUCUUCACACUCUUACCAUGACGGUUCACGACCGCAUUCAAGAGGUUCAACAACAAGUACAAAGAGUGCCGCCAGUAGCGUACGAUUGGGAGCUAUGUAUCCCGCCGCCCAGGGGCCAGGAGCAGGUUACAGACAAAAGGGGAUGAAGCAACAAGGUCUGAAUGGCAUGACCAGUCUGGGAACGGAAGACAAAAGAACCAGAGGGCACAGUCCGUCACAGUCGUCUACCACCACCACAGCUUCCUCUCAUUCAUCGCGCCGCACUUCAUCCAUCAACGUUCCUCCCCCAAGCCAACAUCAGCUUCCUCAGCGGCCCGACUGGGCAGCCAACAACGUCCCAUACCAUCCCUCGCCGAUUAUCCCAAAUCCUUCCAUUUCAGAUGCUUCUGCCCACCAGGCCAUAGCCCUUGGGCCCAAUACCGCAGAAUUCCCCCCCUUGUUGAGAAGCAGCACAGCUGCUGAGCCAAUGCAGGUCGAGAGAGCGAAAAUGAGACCGAUGAAUGGUGGCGGCGUUUGGAACGGCGCCGCGCCAAGUGCGAGUAUGAGCAACCCUCUUCUACCUGGACAAGUUGUUCCAUCUGCGGAACCUCGUGUCUCCAUCCUGCCCUGUCCUCGUGCCCACUCUGAUACCCAGAUCCCUCAAUGUCAACCGCCGCAAUCAAACAAUGACGAUCCAGACUUUCCGAGACGAGCACCAUGCAAGACUGCACCAACGCUGUAUGACCCCUCUGCUCCUCGGCUAGCUGUGUCUCAGCCGGUUUCACAAGGAUCAAGGCCUUCAUCACCCGGUGUAAACCAAGAUGAUACAGCGUUUGCGGGAGAGGCGGAUCGGGGACAGGGAUUAUUAUCCCCUGAAGAGGUCAUUGAAGCCAAGUUGGCAGCAGUCUCGCUCAGUGCCGGUGUCAGUAUUGGUCCGCCACCCAGCAAACAGCCACAGACAGCCUCGUACGCCAAGAUUGUACAAAGAGAUUAAAUGGACUGGUGUAUCCCUGACGCAAAUGCGUCAUUCGUGAAUAUUCAUUCAAAGAAGAGAGCAAAAGGCAAAAGCAAAAAAUGAGUUUGGGAUCUGGGGGAUCGCUGUAAUAUCAACAACGGCAUACGAGAUUUUGACAAUGCAAUAUGGGGUCUAGGGGGCAAAGUAUCAGAGUAUUGAGCGCUAUAGUUCUCAACGUUUCAACCAGGUUUUUUCGGAGAAGCAUAACCUCGGUAGGGUAAAUUUUAGACAUCUC